AAUAUUGAGGCUUCACAGCGUUCCAGAGGAGGCUGAGGAUGAAGUCAGUGACUCCGGCGUCGAUGGUGGUCAGUGGCUGCCGGAGCUUCGUUCUUUCCUUGUCUCUGGCUCGAACUCUCCAAAUCUCCAAUUAUGCCGUGAAAUGCUGUUCUCCUAUGAACACUCUUUCCACAGCACUUACUGGCGACAGUGAGUCCUCAAGAGCAGACUUGACCAGCAGACCCAUUUCGUCUUCUUCCACUGGUUACGCAGAGCAUGGUCGCUUGCUUCCAUGUCCAUCACAUAAUAGUCCGCCAAGAAUUGAACACUUGGUUGUUUCAGAAGAUGGUCCUGUCUUAGAAUACAUUUGCAAAGCUCUGGAUUUGCCUCCUUCGUUCGUUGCAGAUCUAAUCCGAUUAGGAGCCGUAUAUUAUGCUCUUGUGUCUCCACAGCCUCCUUCUACUGCUCCUCAAGAGCAAAUUAGGAUAUUCAAAGAAGCAACAGAACCAUCAGUUUUAAGAAAAAGACUGUCCAUCAAAGGGAUGACCAUACAACAGGCACAGAAGACUUUCCGUGUAACCAAUGUGGAUCAGUUCGUAGAAGCAGGAACCUAUUUAAGAAUCUACGUAUACCCCAAACGAUUUCCAAGGUGUUAUGAGAUCGACUGGAGAUCAAGAAUCAUAGCUGUGGCCGAGUCUUAUGUGGUUCUGGACAAACCUGCUGGUAUAUCGGUUGGAGGCACUACUAAUAACAUCGAAGAAACCUGCGCAACAUUCACAACUCGUGCUUUGGGACUCCCUACGCCUUUGUUGACUACCCAUCAGAUUGAUAAUUGCACAGAAGGAUGUGUGGUAUUCGCAAGGACUAAAGAAUACAGUUCUAUCUUUCAUGGUAAAAUCAGGGAGAAAAAAGUGAAGAAACUCUAUCUUGCUCUUGCAGUUGCUCCUCUGCCCUGCGGGAUUAUUACUCACUACAUGCGUCCAGUAAACAGGGCUCCUCGUCUUGUUUCUGAAGAUUAUAUGGAGGGAUGGCACUUAUGUCAACUUGAGGUCAUGGAAUGCAGAGAGGUCCCCUGGCCAAGCACUGUUAUUCAAGACAAGUACUGUAUCGAGGGAUGUGGAUGGCCUUCCCAAGAUUAUGCAUAUGAGUGUAAAAUCAACCUUAUCACUGGUAAAACUCAUCAGAUUCGAGCCCAAUUUAGUGCAUGUAAGGCACCAUUGAUUGGUGAUUCGAUGUACAUGCCAGCUGCGGUAGCAGAGACGGCUAAUCCUGGACUUAAUCCAUUUGGAAAGCACAGGACAGAUUUUAGUAGUGACAGUGAAAAGGAAAUGGCUAUCUUAAAGUGGAUUGCUCAACAUGGAAAGGAGCCAAGCGUGGCAAUUGGCCUUCAAGCUUGUGAAAUAUCGUGGGACGAUGGCGAACACCUUUACCAAGCUGGACCACCUUGGUGGAGCGGUGAAGAUGCUUAGAGUUUGUGCUUAAUGACAAGCAUCAGCUUCAAUUCCCAUGUCCCUUGCUUCCCGUUUAUGUGGGUGCGUAGAAGAGGUUUCUUAUUAAGUGUGCGUUUUAUGGGUAGGGAAAACAUGAAGUCUAUUUUCCCAACCCAUCCUUAGAGAUCGAUGCGUUUCGGAAAUCAAAACAUAUCUUAAAAAUAGCUACUUAGCUAAUUUGAAUAGAUUAUAAAAAAGUUAAAUAAAUUAGUUAAUUGCAA